AACCUAAAAGUUUUCACUUUUUUUUGUAAUUUUUGACAGUUGUGUGUUUGGUGGUUGUGUUUUUAAACUAAUUCAGAAAAUAAUCACGCGAAAAGCAAAACUUAGAAGAAAACACAUACUUUCUAACGCAUCAUUUGCAAUAAACUUGUUUCUGUAUUUGAUUUUCUGAUCUAACCUAGAAUUUGAUUACAAUGGCAAACCGGGAAAAAAGGGCAAAUGCCGGUAAUCGUAUGGCAAAAUUGUUAGAUGAAGAAGAAGAAUGUCAAGAUGAAUUUUAUAAAACUAAUUAUGGUGGAUUUGAAGAAACUGAAUCUGAUAGGGAAUAUGAAGAGGAGGAAGAAGGAGAAGAUGUGGUGGAUUCCGAUUUCAGCAUAGACGAAAAUGACGAACCUAUUUCAGACAAUGAAGAGGAAGGGCAGAAGAAGAAACGAAGACUAGUGACAAAAGCAUACAAAGAACCAGUACCUACACCUAGUAAACAAAAAGCAAAACCCAAACCUACAAAACCAGUCCCUAAAAUGAGAAUAACUCAACAUCAGUCGACAGAAUAUGAAAGAAAAUCAAUCCGGAAGUCCACUGCUGCAAAAUCAGCCGCAACAGCGCAAAGAAUCAAAGUUAGAAAUCUAGAACAAAAGAAAAAAAUCAAGAAACCCAAAGAAGAAGAAUGGAUACCGACACAGGAAGAGUUACUUGAGGAAGCAAAAACCACUGAACUGGAAAAUCUUAAAUCACUUGAAAAGUACCAAAAGAUGGAAAGUGAAAAGAAAACGAAACGUACAGUGAAAAAAGUAAUCACUGGCCCUGUUAUUCAAUACAGAUCAACAAGAAUGCCAAUCAUUGAAGAAAUAAAUCAAGAUGUCAAAAAUGAAUCUGAGAAUGUGUGUGAACGCACUUUUAUUACAGUGCUUAAUGACCCUAAUGAUACUACAUUCAAUAGUAUUUUUGAAAAAAAGACUGUGCGUCCAUUACCGCGACGUCUCAGAUGCAUUGUCACGGGUCAUCUUGCAAAAUACGUUGACCCUAAGACGUGUCUGCCUUACCACAGUAGUAUGUGUUUGAAGAUAAUUCGUUCUGCUUAUUAUCAACAAUUGGAAGCUCAUGGAGACAAAAAUAAUCCAGUAGUGGCAAACUGGCUUAGAUGGUACGUUAAAAAUAAGGAUAAGUUGAGGAGGGAAUUGGCGUUAAAAGUAAAAACACAUCAAAUGGAUAGUAGUUGAUUUAUUUCAUUAUUUAAUAAAGUCUUUAUAAUAGUUUCGAUCUCAUUUAAGAAUCC